AGAGAGAGAGAGAGAGAGAGAGAGAGAGAACGGUAGAGCAUCCAAACCAUCAGUCAGGUGUUUUAGGUUUCUCUCAGCUGCUCCUUAACUUCAGGAUCCUCAUGGACUUUCUGCUGAUGAAGAGAAUCAAUAGCGGAUUGUGAUGUUGUUCUGAGAUAUCUGAUGAGAAGAUGUUUUGCUGAAACAUGACAGCACACACAAACCAGAGUCGCUCAGGUGGUGAUUAUGAAUGGCGUUAUGAGUAUUAUGAUGAUGAAGAGCCCGUGUCCUUUGAAAGCCUGAAAGCAAACAGAUACUCUAUAGUGAUCGGUUUCUGGGUUGGUCUGGCAGUGUUUGUCAUCUUCAUGUUCUUUGUCCUGACUCUUCUGACCAAAACCGGAGCAUCACAUCUUGAGAUUUCUGACCCCAGUGAAAAGCAUCAUGGUGACGAUGUGCAGAUAGAGGCUGAAUGUCCUCAAGCAUUUCCUCUACAUCCACUGUUUGAUGAAACGCGUUCCCUGUUUCACUUUUACAUUAAUGAGGAAGGGCAAACUAAUAUCAAUAGAGAUGCUGUUAUUGGCAGAGGGAGGCGUUGUGGGCGGGACCCCGUUGGACUCUGCUUGCAGAGCACAAUAGAGGAUGAGAGAAGAAACCAAGAUGACAACUUUCUGUCCAACUUCAACAUUCCGAACUUUGUCCAAUCUGAGCACAGCUCCAGCAUAGACAAUGACGACCUGCUUCUGUGUGGACUGCCAACUAUCACAGAUAGCGAAUCACCUGUCCUUAACAGUUAGCAGGACAUCAGAUUAGAGCCCAACUUCUUCCUGUGAUGUCAUCGAACAUUAAUUAACAUGUAUACUGAUCAGAUACUUAAGAUACACUUUAGAUAAAUGUCCAUUGAUGAAUCAUUAAGACAAUAAGAGAGUUAUUGUGAUCUGUAAAAUGGUCAUUGUCCAAGUUUCCAAAUGUCAAAAAUUUUCAUGUCUUUUUUUCAACUUUGUAGAUUCACAAUAAUCUUUGUUGUAAGAUUAGAUUUAAUUUUAGUGACUGUGUUUCUAUGUGUGGCUUAAAGAGGGUUGUUUAUUUCUGGUUUGCGAUAAAUCAGACUUAAUGUUGACAUCUGUUUUCUUUUUUAAAGGUCAAUGGUCCAAACAGCAUAAGUUCUGGAUCUCACUUUAAUGCUAUGGGUGGUUUUUGAUUUUCAUAUUGCUGCUGUAUGCAAUUUGUUGUGAUCUUUUUUUUUAAGUUGUUUGCAUACUUUCCUUAAUUCCCUAUUUAUUUUAAAAUAGAAGUUUGUUAAGCCAGCCUUGCAUUUUGAUGCCCAAAACAGGAAAUGGACCAAGGUCACAGCCGACAAGGUGUAAAGAAAUAUUUCAUGUUUUUAAUAUUUUUUUAUAGUCAUUUAAAUUAAACUAUUGUCAAAAAUGUUUUAAAAAAAAGUCCAAAAGAACAUAUAAAACCAUCAUGCAUGCAACAAUUUUUAAGAACUAGAUUUUAAACUAAGAUAUUUUGAUAUUCUUAUUUGUAAUUGAACCAUAUAUAUCAAAAUAUA